AUGGACAAGACGUGCACGAUCCACACUGAUUGCCUGUUCGACUCCAAGAAGAAGACUUUUGUCACGGAUAUGUCACUCGUUGUAGAUCCUGAGUCUUGCCUCAUUACCAAGGUGUACAAAAGACGAGGUGCUUCUCUCAAAGAUUUCGACGAACCGUAUAUCGACCUGAGAGGUCGAUGUGUCCUUCCCGGGCUUGUCGAUGCUCAUACUCAUAUAUUCUUGCAUCCCUACGAAGAAACGCCAUCAUUGAAUCAGAUGCGGGAUGAGAGCAUUAUAGAACGCACGAUUCGAGCUACCAACCACUGCCGUGCCGCUCUUCUUGCUGCCUACACUACCUAUCGCGAUCUCGGAACAGAGUCUGCUGGUGACGCGGAUGUACAUGUUCGUAACGCGAUCAAUCGUGGCAUCAUUCCUGGGCCGCGUAUCUUCUGUGCUACGGAAGCAUUAGCAGGUAGUGGCGGAUACGAGUUGCGCAUCGAGUCUCGCAUCAAUGGCGUUGAAGUGCCAAGGAUCUCCGACCCGUGCGACGGUGUUUCUGGUGUCCGAGCUGGAGUAAGACGAAGAAUCGGUGCUGGAGCUGAUGUGAUCAAGUUCUAUGCCGACUAUCGAAAACGCGCUCUGAGGUUCCCCGAAAAUGCUUGGCCAGGCUGUCCAGGUAUCAUACAUCCUCCUCCACAGAAAGGCCUGAUCAACGAGAGAAGCCCAAAUCUGCCGCUCUUUAAUCAAGAAGAAAUGAACGAGAUCGUACGCGAGGCGAAAAGCUCGAGAGCCCCAGUGGCUGCGCAUGCUCAAGCUGCGGAGGCUGUUGCCAUGGCUGCGAAAGCUGGUGUGACUAGCAUCGAGCACGGAUCCGAGUCUUGGGAAGGAACAGAUGUGGCCGAGAGUAUGCUCAAGAACGAUGUGAUCUUUGUCCCAACACUUUCCGUCUUCGAAUUGUACUUUCCAAUGAAGGAAAUUCUGGCGCAGACUAAGCAUGCUUUCGACGCAGGCAUCAAGCUUGCCGCCGGUGGUGACACUGGCGCAUUCGCACAUGGAGAAAACGUUAGAGAGCUGGAGUUGAUGCUCCAAGCCGGAAUACCACUAGAGGAGGUCUUGACUGCUGCGACUCUACAUGGGUGGGAGGCAUGCGGUGGGGAUUGGUGUGGCAGGAGAUUCGGCUGGAUCGAGGAGGGCUGUGCGGCAGAUAUUGUAGCACUUGGUGGAGAUGUCAGAGUCGAUGCUGAAGCCCUCAGAAAUGUCGAGUUUGUGAUGAAGGACGGCAAAGUCUACAAGCAAGAUGGUCUGCCUGUGGGCAUGAUCUAG